GAGGCAGCCCUCAGCGCUCAUGUCAACUGACGACACACAAACAUGGCCGCCGUCAGCGGGAAGUCAGUGUUGUUCGUGUGCUUGGGGAACAUCUGCAGGUCCCCCAUCGCUGAGGCUGUCUUCAGGAAGAUGGCCACAGACAGCGGCGUGGUGGACAAGUGGAGGAUAGACAGUGCAGCCACCUCUACCUAUGAGAUUGGCAACCCCCCUGACUACCGUGGCCAGGCCUGCAUGAAGAAGCACAGCGUGCCCAUGCGCCAUGUGGCUCGCCAGGUGACAAAGGAGGACUUUCAGUCAUUUGAUUACAUUCUGUGUAUGGACGAGAGCAACCUGAGGGAUCUCAAAAGGACAGCAAAUUCCGUAAAGAGCUGUAAAGCCAAGAUAGAGCUGCUCGGCUCAUAUGAUCCUGAGAAACAGCUGAUUAUUCAAGACCCCUACUAUGGGAGCGAUAAGGACUUCGAGACAGUGUAUGAACAGUGCGUCAGAUGCUGCAGAGUCUUCCUGGAGAAAAACUCCUAACACUCUUCGCACUCCUAGUAUACACAGGCAGCCACACAACAGUGUCCAUCACAUGGAGUCCAAGUAUUGCAGUAUAAGCAACAUGUCAUCAGUAUACACAUAACACAAGUCUGCUGUGUGAGAGAUCCUACGUCUAAAUUGUGAGAGAAACUAUAGUUCUGUCAUUUAAGUGCAUAGUCUAAAAUUCUGCUGUUGACAUGCUGACCUCUUCCACUGAAGGAAAUAAAAAUAAUAAACAUCAAUUAAAAAUGAUAUAAAUAAUCUUUGUUUACUCUUUGUGAGAGAUCAUACGUUUUAAUUGUUGUUCUACAUCAUAUUAGCACUUAUUCUAACAAUCUGCUAUUUACAUCCUGAACUAAUCUUUCCCUCUGUUGAAGUUUAAAGGGGAAUUCCACCAAAAUAUCUGUGUAAUUGUUAAGAUGUAAACAAAGUCAUUCAGAAUGGUGGUGAUCGGAACUAGACAUCUGAAGCUUUUAAUACCCCUUACACCUUCCUCGCAGAAAGGUAUUACAGGAAACGGUUAUAGAUACGCUGCCUAAUACCUGGGACAUUGUUUUUCAAUAGUUCUGAGACAGGUUUUUUUUUCCAGAUUUUUAGCAUUUCAGUAAAAUAGAGAGUAAGUAAAAUGGUUAUAUUUCUGUUGUAGACGUCAUGACCCUAGUUCCCAUCACCAGGAAUCACCAGGAAUGCAGGAAUUUUAAAUACAUGUUUUUGAAAAGAAUGACAGCUGAUGUGUAAUGGAAAACACAUUUUUUAUUCUGUAAUAAAGGUGGUAUUAAUCAUAAUAUAGCAUUAGUAUUUCUUGUAUGUGUAAAGACAAAAAGUUGAAAGUCAUCUGUAAUGCAUUUUGAAUGACGCCUCUCAAAUCAAGAGUAGGCUGUGAUAGAAGUAUGCAGAAUUUUGAAUAUGUUGUGGAAUUCCUCUUGAAAAGAAUAAAAACAAAAAAAAGUCAGAAAAAUCAACCAAUAAAUGAGAGAUAUGACAUAAGUUA